AUGAAUUAAUAAAAACAUUUUUUCUAAAAACUAGAAGAUUUUGAAAACUCUUAGCUUUAGUCUCAUUAAACUCUCCAAAUUCUUCUUAAUGGAGAAGAUUUAAGUGAGGAAGAUGUAAAAGGUUUAGGUUUUGCUUUAGAAAAGUGCACUAAUCUGUCAAAUUUGGCACUUGGUCUUGGUGGAAGUUCAAUUAAUUCAAUUGGAGUAUCAGACUUAAGUUCUGGUAUAGCAAAGUGCACUAAUCUCUAAAAUUUAAUGCUUGAUCUUAGUUCGAAUUAAAUUGAUGAUAUUGGUGCAUCGAGAUUAAGUACUACUUUAUAAAACUGUAAAAAUCUUUCAAAUUUGAUGCUUGAUCUUGGUUAUAAUUAUUUAAGUGAAUAAGGCUAGUCAUGGUUAUUUUUAGCUUUAUCACACUGCACUAACCUCUCGAAUUUAAAGCUUUGUUUUAGUUAUAAUUUAAUUGGUAAUAAAUGUGCUUUAAGCUUCUGUUCUGCUUUAGCAAAGUUGAAUAAUCUCUAAAAUUUGAAACUUGAUCUUGUUGGAGGUUUAAUAAAUAGAUCACAAAAAUUCAAGUUAAAGAGCAAGUGCUUUAAAUCAAGAAGAUUGGUUAUCUUUGAAAUAAAAUUAUGA